AUGGUGGAGGCCGCGCCCGCGCCGGGCCCCGGGGCAGCCCAGCCAGCGGUGCAGGGACGAGCCGGCCCAGGGACGCAGCUGCUCGGCGGGGACCCCGAGGGCGCCGGCGCCCACGCUCCGGCCGCGCCUCCCGGCCCGGGCACCGCCCCCGUCCCGCCUCCGGCCCGUGAUGCCGCGCGCUCCCCUCCCUGGCUGCGCCGGCCCGGGUCGUCGGGGGCUGCCGCGGAGCGGCGGGCGCGGCUUCAGCCGCAGUCCUUGGAACGCCUAGUGGAAAGACCACGACAAAUGGACUCUUUCCCCUUUGACGACAUCAGCUCCAUGAUACAGAACGAGGCUACUGAGAGAAUCAUCUCACCAAUGAGUGUUCGGCUCUGCCACCUCCUCAUCUCCAUGGAGAAGGCAGAGGUGGAGGAUGAGGCAUUUGGCUCUUUGGAGGAGACGGCAGAGGACUUGGCUGAGGCUACUGAGGCAUUUGUAGAGAAGGCCAGAAGGCUGGCUGCUGAUUCUGGGGAACAGUGGCUCAGGGCGGAAGUGGAGCCUGCAGUAGAGUCCCUCCUGCUUUCUGGGAGGAAUGUCACGCAGGUGGCCCGGAAGCUCCGACUGCAGCCCGCCUGCCAGCGUCACCGUGAGGAGCUGGCGACCAUGGCUCAGCAGAUGGUGGUGGCCACUACCAAGGUACUGCUCCUCCAAGACGCGGCAACGGCAAGGAGGGCGGCGCUGGAGGCCGGCUGCUGCUUGAACUGCCUGGACGCGCUGGAGGCGGCGGACGACGCGGCUUCGCUGAGCCGCCCUUUCGCGGAUCUGGCUUUGGCGCUGCUGCGCCUGGGGCACCUGACGGCGCGCGGGGGCGAGGCCGACCGCCUGCUGUGGGGCUGCAUCCCCGCACUUGUCGCGGUCGCUCGCGGCCAUCUGCGGUACCCAUGCGACCCGCAGUUAGCAGCCUCCAGGCGCCGCGUCCUCUCUCAAACCAGGGAGGCCCUGAGUAAGGUCCUGGCGCUGCUGGAGCCCAGAGCCAGCUCGUUCCCAGCGCAGACCCUCUCGCGGAGCGGCGCGCUCACCCGGCGCCUGCAGCAGGUGCGGGAGCUGCUGCUGGCGACGCCCACCCCCGGGUGCCUGCACGGCCUGCUGGACGCGCCUCUGGCGGCGGUGCUCGGACACUGCAUGUACCUGGCGGCCGGCUGCGCGCCGCCGGAGCGGCUGCACCUGGUGGUCCGCUGUCGCCGGCUGCUGGAGCUGCGGGGGAGUCUCGGGGCUGCGGGGACCGGCCGCGCCAGCCUGGAUUCGGCCGAGGAGCGCGCGGCGCUGUGGGCUGCGGCACAGGGCCUGUCGCAGGGUGUCCGCACAGGACUACUGAGCCAGAUUCUGGACACGUUCACGGACACGCUGAGUCCUCUUCAAAGUUUGAUCCAGGCCGCGCAGGUCAUUCCCCCAGAAGACUGCCUGCACAGUGGGGAAGCCUCCCCCACGAGCCUCCAGCCCUUUCUUGCAGCCUUCCUUGAACAGGCCGGGAACAUGCUCCGGGUGGCCCACCUGGUUUUGGUGUGCUGCUCGCGGCCGCAGACUGGCAGAGACCUGGAAGCCGCGGCUGCGGGCCUGUGGGCUCUCGUGGUCAGAGUGCAGCAGUUUUUCUCCCAAGACCCCCGGGACUGUGAUCUGGACCUGAGCCCCGACGCCUUGCAGGCUUUGCUUCAGGCCUGGGCCGCUGCGUCUGAUCACCUGUUGUCCUGUUUUGAUGAUGUCCUGGAUAUCCCUGAGUUCCUGAGCGCGUGCAUUCGGGAAAUGACUCGGCGCUUGCCCUUCCUUGCGCGGGCUUUGAGCAGUGGCGUUCCCACAGAGCUCCGCAGACCUGUGGUGUAUCUGCAGGCUCGAGCGGCACACAUGGUGCAAGUGAUGAACAGGUAUGUGGGCAGAGAAAGAGACCCCAUUUUCCGAAAUGGCCUGCGAGUCCUGAUCCAGCAGCUGGCACAGGCUUCCGGGCGCCUGGGUGCAGCUGCCGAGAGCUGCUCAGCUGGGCACAGCCUGCGGGACACAGGUGUGGUUUUAGCAGCAGCCAGACAACUCGUCUGUUCAGCUCAAAGCAUCCUGGAGGGCUUGGAUGGAACCAACCACCCAGAUAUCCUCAGCCCCCUGCGGUUUCAAGUCCUCAGGUUUGGAACGGCUGAGGGCCAGCCCUUGGUGCUCCCCGGCCUCUGGGACGUCACGGCACCUGAACUGAAACACCACCAGGUGCCUGGGUUCAGGGAAUGGAAUCUGGGCACUUUCUGCUCCCCCAGGGUCCAUCCUUCCUGCCCCUCGAUUCCUGGCAUGGAUCCCCCAGGAAGCAAGGAAGACUGUCCGCUCUCUGCUAUUAACAAACUGGUGCUGGCAGUAAAGAGCCGUGACCCUGAGGGGCCGACCUCAGGUGGCUUCAGCCUUCCUGAGCAGGGUGCAGGUCAAGAGACCCUGGCUGGGGAGGGAUUUCUGGGGUCAGAGCGGAUGCCAGGCCCCCAGGAAGUCUCCACUCUGCCACCUUCUUUCUGUAAGCUGCCGAGGGAAGUAGCCCAUGGUGCAGUUGCUGGAACGGACAGGCUUCUGGAAGCAACACUCCAGCUCCCUGGGAGGACGAGGGAAGCCAGGCAGGAUUUGGUAGCCGCUGCUGGAGACUGGUACCUUCUGUGCCAACAGCUGUUCUGCCACAGCCAAACAGCUGAUCUACCAGGGAGCAUGGCCACGUUCAUGGAGCUUCAGCAGAAUUUAGCCUCGAUGGUUCAAUUAGCAGCUAAAAGUGUACUCAUGGAUUUGGAUAAGAAGGGCCCUAUCUCAACUGGGCAUCCCGAAACAUUUGCACAAAUGCAAGGCAGAUGGGAGGAGGCAGAGACUCAUGCCAAGCAGCUGAUGGACCAGUUGCUGGCCUCUGAUAGGUGCCGAGCUGUCAAGUCAUGGGGCGAGAACAUUGAAGACAGAUGCCUUCUGUGGUCAACCGCCAUCCAAAGCCUGAUACGGCACAUGGAAAAGCUCAACGAGAGACAAGGCUUGUUCCUGCUUCCCCUGCGGCAGGCUGUGAGGCACCAGCAGGGGUGGAAGGAAGGGUUGGAUCGGGCAGCACAUGCUUCUCAGAGGCUACAAGAGGUUGCCAGGCUGUCGGGCCCACUGUGUGGGAACGAGCAGGUGCAGGCUGAGCUCUCCUUUCUAGGCAAGGAAGUCCAUGUGCUCACAGAUGCUCUCUUGUUCGUGGCCCAGCUCUUGGUCUCCUCUCCUAAGCCGGCUCCCAGCCUGUCCACACGCUUCGAGCUCCUCUGCUUGGAGCUCACACUGCGAGCCAAGGCCCUGACAGACCACUUCCGCAGCAUCCACGCAGACUACAUGUGCGCCCUCAAAGACGCUUUCUGCUCCAGACACUCCAUCAGCAAGGAUCCCCAGACUAAACCCGGAAACAAGCUAGAAGCAAUGGUGUCUGGCAUCCAAGCUGUACAGGCAAUCGUGGCAGGAAGUGGAGAGUCUGGGCCCUGCCAAGAUGACCUCACUGUGGCUCUGGACAGCAUCCUUGUCCUCACCAAGGAGGUGGCCCAGAGGCUCCCUGUGCUCCGAGAACACCUCGAGGAGUGGGAGAUGCAGGCCCUGGAUUUGCUUCAGUGGGAGUGGGCAGCCAAGGUUCACUCGGCCAUGGCCCAGCUGCAGGCCUGGAAGGGCGGUCACUCGGAGGCCUGGAGACUCCUGGCCCAGUGCUUGAAACCAGGGGAAGACCUGGUGCUGGCCCCAGUGCAGGACUUUGCCCAGCCCGGGCUCCACCACAAGACGGUGGCAACAGGAACUGAGGCAGUAGGCAGUGUGAAUUCUCAGGAUGCCAUCGUGGUAGGCACUCCCAGGAGCACAGAGGGAACCUGCUCUGCUGAAAUAGCCCCAGCAGACCUGGGCAUGCAGCACAAUGGCCUACCUGCUGCCUCUCCAGGUCAUCCUGCCUGGCCACAGACAGAGCUGGCCCCGCCCUUGCCUAAAGAUGGCAGCGCAGACAAUGACAACAGGCUCACGCAGAUCACCCAGGAGAUGACCGAAACGGUGCUGCGAAUGGCCCAGAGUUUGAGGAAGAGAUGCCUCCUGACCAAAGAUGAGCUCAUUACCUCCGCGAGGAAAGUCGCAACCUGUGCACAAGAAUUUGCCAGACUCAUUUGCAUGAUCGCCAAGAACUGCGUAGACAGAAGAUGCUCCCAGGAGCUUGUGUGUAGAGUCGAGCAGAUCCGGACCAUGAGCAACCAGCUCCGUAUCAUCUCCAGCGUGAAGGCCUCCCUGGCCAGAAGCAAGUCCUCAGAGGAGCUCCUGGUGGGGAACGCGCAGCAGCUGCUCCAGGCCGUCUGGAAGGCUGUGAGAGCCGCGGAAGCUGCCAGCCUGCGGGGACUGAGAUCGCCUCACCACAACCCAGAGGAAUUAGAAAUUGCUGCCCUCUGCAUGCAGUGGAAGAGGAGAUUUGUAAAACACAGACUUCAAGAAACUUCCACCAGGGACUGGGAUGAGUGGGGCCUGCGAAAAGCAAACACGGAAAUGCCUCCCACACUUGCUGCCCUGAUUCAAAGCUAAGGAGUGGUCUCCAACUGUGGCGCCCUGUUGCCCUGUAUCUGGGUCCUGGGGAAAGGGCCUGGCAGGCUGAGUCAGCCAGUGAGGCCCCAGAGGGCUGGGCCAUGCAGGUCCUGACAGUA